AUGACUUCACAAAGUAUUACACAAACAUGGCUUGAUCUUUUUAAUGAAGUUCCUGUUUCAGUUUUUGAAAAGUAUGGAGGGUUUAUUCUAUAUUUCUACAUUAUUUUUCAAUGUGGAUAUGACAGAUAUAUUAUUCCAAUUUUUAAUAAAUAUUCUAUUAUAUGUAAUUAUGUCUUUAAAACAAAUUAUUUCACUCCUCUUAUUAUUCAAACUGGAAGUUGUUUACCUGAAUUAUGUAUUGGAAUUCUUGGAUUGAUAUUUAUGAAAUAUUAUAGUACAUCAAGUUCACUUAUUAUAGGAAGUUCAUUUGAAAGUGUAGUAAUAAUGAGUGGGUUAUCAAUAAUAUUAUCUCAUGAUUUUAUUGAAAUAGCAAAAAUUAGUUUUAUUCGUGAAGCAUUAAUUUUAUUAAUUAGUAUUUUAUUUUAUUAUAUCUUUGCAAAGUCUCUUAAUUCACAAGAUGAUUUAAAAAUUGGACAAAUUCUACUUUGGUUAUCACUUGGUGUUUAUUUAUUUUAUAUUCUUGCAAUUUAUUUAACAAAUAAAUUAUCAAAAGAAAUUGUUAUAUCAAAAGGUUUUCUUAAUAAUACAACACCUUUAAAUAUUACUGAAAAUGAUGGUAUUCCAAAUAAAUUACAUUCUGAACUACAAUUAUUUAAGUCUCCUGAUUAUAGUAAUGUUUCUUAUUCAACAUCUCAAUGGUCAGAACAUUGGACAGAUUUAUAUUUUGAUGAAUUAGUUAUUCGAAAGGAUAGAUCACCUCAUUCACCACCACUUAUAUCUAUUAAUAUUGAUGAUAUUAGUUAUAUUAUUUGUGAUAAUUUAGACAAUAAAAUAUUUGACAUUUAUACUAUUGACCAUAAACAAUUUGGUUUUAGAAGUUCAAGAAGAAUGGAAUGGGUAGAAUCUUUAAAUAAAAUGAUUAUUUCAAAUUCUUUUGAUAUUGGUAUUACUUGUAAAGACCUUUUAUGUGAAAAUCAAAUAACUGAAAGAUUAGUUGAUGGAUUUGUAUGGAAUAUUUUUUAUCCAAUAAUCAAAUUAUUUAAGAUAACUAUUCCUUUCAAAUUAUUUAAAGGAAGUUCUUUAAUUAGUAUUAUAUUAUCUUUAUCUUAUUUAUCAAUUUUUGGAUUUAUUGAAAUUUUAUUAUCUAUCAGACUUCAAAAAAUAUUUAAUUUACCAUCUGAUGUUCUUGCUGUUAGUAUUAUUUCUAUCCUUGGAAAUGGUAUGAGACAUUUUAUUAAUGCUUGGAAUGCUGGAAGAAUGAAUUGUGGUAAUUUAGCUAUUAUUCAAGGUUAUUCUCAAUCAAUAUUUAUGUUACUAGUUUCAUCAUCACUCCCUUGGUUAGUAUUUAUUUACUUGAUUAAACCUGUUAUGUCAAUAUCUUCUACUUUUUCUCCAAAUGUAUUAGAAUUUUCUAUUGGAAGUUUAUUCUUUCUCAUCAUUAUUCAUUUGUUAUUAUCACUUAAUAAUACUAAUGUUGCUAUUGGUAAAAAAUUUGGAUUUACUCUUCUUAUGGUCUUUAUGUUCUUAUUUGUUUUGGUUCUAAUCCCUCCUUUUCUUUUGUCCUUUUAA